GACCUAGAGUGUAGACUCGCCUAUAUUGAAACAACACUAUCUUCACUACAGGACACACAACACAAGUCUACAGAUGACAUAUCAGAAAUAAAACAAUGGAGAGACAACUUUGUAACAGAACAGAGUAACAUGGGGGUAAACAUUGAACAACUGACUAAAAAACAAAAGCAGAAUUUUAAAAACCUCAGAAAACAAAUGAGUGAACAAGAUAACAAAGUAAAGGAGCUGAAAAAAGAAAUUGAAAGUUUAAAAGAAAAAGAAUCCAAGUCAAACAAAACACUAGAUAAACUUUUUAGAGAUAUGAAGGAAUAUGAGAAUAGCGUAUACAAAAUAAAUAAAGAAAUGCAAGAUCACACAGACAAAACAGACAGUAUAACUCAAGAAAUUAAAACACAUUCUGAUAAGAUGUCUAACCUACAAGAAGAGCUUUCUAAAAAUAUGCUGAAUACAUCAACUCAAUUAGAAAAGUACAUUUUAAUAAACAAGCUACUGCACCAAAGAUUGAUGCCCAUUGAAAAAUUGAUUCAAAUCUUUAACCAGAAGUUGGAAACAAGGGAAAAAAGGAUAACAAAGCUGGAAAAUAUUGAAGAUGCUAUUUCAAAAUUGUCCAAAGAUUUGAAUCUAAUAGAGUCACGUGUAUGUAACAGAUAUGCUUGUCAUGCACAGGUUGCUAAUCCCACACCUGUCAGUGCUGGAUCAAUUAUUUCAACAUUUAAAGAAGUACGUGAAUAUAACGGUCAACAUUUUAAUCAAACAACAGGAAAAUUUGUAUCACCACAUGAUGGUUUAUAUCUUGUUUGUGUAACUCUACAUGAAUGGGAAGAUAAGCAGAUUGGAGUUGCUGUGUGGGCUGGAGGCAGGUGCUGUACGGCUAUAGAAGUGAAAUAUGCCAACACUAGCGCUGCUGGGUCAGUGGUUGUUGACAUGAAGAAAGGUCAAGUAAUUUACCUUGAAGUGUUUCACGCAGAUCAAGACGCAGCUUUAUCCUGGCGCAGUAGUUUUACUAUCGUUAGUUUAUAGAAGUACAACACAAAACAUGGUGGAUGGUAAUUUUUAAAACAAUCAAAUAUGUAACCACCAUGUUAAACACACGCUAACAACUUACUAAGUGGGUAGACUGUAUGUCUACAAACACUUGAAUCAUUUACAUGAAAUUUGUUUAGUUAUCAUUUUGUUUGUAUUGAUUUAAUAUGAUCACUAAUUAUGUUUUGUACUUGACCAACGUUAUAGAAUAUAAGUAUGUACCAUUUCCUUCACUGUAUAGGAGCACAACCGUAUUUUGAAUACGUUUGGUUUGUAAAAAAACAACAUAUUUACCUUGUUAACAGAACCCUUGAGACAAACCAAAUGAACUUCCACAAAGACGAAUGUUAAAAUAUGUUCACUGUACAUCAUCAAUAUGUGCCCUAUGUAUCGAAAGUAGGCUAUUAAUCCAAGUUAGUCAUUUGUAAAAUAAAAAUUACAAUUAUUUUUAUUUUACUACAAGUAUCUGUAAUUGUGAACACUACAUUCGUUCAAUAAAUAAAUUACAGCUUAUCCGUGUUAAAAACAUGUUUUCCUUUAUUUAGUAACACUGUGUCUUUAAAUUAACAAACAUCUACACAAACAAAAAUCGUUACAUCUAUUAAACUAAAAUAAUUAUUUAUAUAAUUAUUUAUAUAAACAUGUGUAUGUGUAAUAAAAUGUGUAACACAUAAUUGCUACAAGAAACAUCGAACGCGAAAUUAGAAGCACAUGAUCCAUUAUCUUUAUAUAAAUUUAGUUGAAUACAUUCUAACC